AUGCGGCGCAUCAAUCUCCGGCGCGCCGCCGUGAUCUUCGGUCUCCUCUCCCCGAUAUCAGCUAUACUCGUCGCGCCCCAGUCCGACUGCGCCAUCAGCUGUGGAAACGUCCUCGACGCGACCACGCCUCCUGAUAUCGCAUGUGGAGAUAAGAAAUUCGGCAGCGGGGUGGGCCAGACCUUCAAGGCAUGCGUGGAGUGCGAGCUAAAGAGCACGUAUGUCGAUCCGACGGGCCUAUCCGAUUUGACUGCUGCGAUAUAUAACCUGCGCUACGCGGCCGACUACUGCAUCUUCAACGACUCGAAGAUCGCGUCCACGCCAUGCAUCACGGCCUCCGCUUGCGAACCUUUCCUCGACUCCCUAACCUACCAUAACAACAUGGCUCCAUCCGGCGCAACCGACUACGGUUACUGUAAUCACUGGGAUGACACAGACACCUUGAGAUGCCAGAGCUGUAUCGAAGCCCUGGAAGAGGAAGAAUACCUCGUUAAUUUCAUGACCAUCCUCAGCGCAAGCUGCCAGCAGAAACCUGGAAAUGGGGCCCUCAUCGGCGUAGAAGGCGACCCCUUUUCUAGCACGCGAGUGGCAAUCACCAAGCCCUACUCCUCGGCCGAUAUAAUCGCAUCCUCAUUCAACCCGCCCUCCGGCCCCCUCAAUCUGGGCGCCAAAAUCGGUAUCGCCGUGGGUGGCUUCCUCCUCAUCCUCAUCGUCCUCGGGACCUGCAUUGUCUGGCGCGGCCGCCGACGCCGUCGCUCCAUACUCGCCAGCUACGCCGCAUCCCCUGCCAUGGCACAGGCCCCGCGCUGGAAAGGCACGGAUGAUAGCCCCCAGAGCAUGAGCAGCGGCGCCUUCAUGACUAAGGCUUCGAAUUACCAGUGGCCCGCACAGUCCACCGAUGAGAGCCCUGCGAGCGCGGUCAGUAGAGGAGGCGGAGGAGCAGGAGGUCCGUAUGUGAGCCAGCAUACGAGCCCGAGUGGUCCAGCGCCCGGAGAGUUCCCUCACGUCCCCAUACCGGCUCCAUAUAGGAGAGAGAGUAUUGGGAGUUUGCGCCCGCAAGGAGAGUUAAUUGAGAUGAGCCCUCUUGGUGAGAGUGAAAUGGAGAGGUGGGAGAGGGAAGCAGGGGCGGUAGGAUUCGUGCCUGCCCCUGCGCCGACUAGAGGAUGA